ACCUACAAUACCCCUUAACUCAGACCGUAUGUAUUCUUCUACUUCGUCCCUUCUCAUCUUCCUUUACACUUUUGACUCUUCAAACUAAAUCUCCAUAAUAAGAUAAGUCUUUAUUUUAUCAUAUUUAUUAUAUUUGUUAUAUUUAUUUUAAUUCAAUCGAUCGUUACGAAUUUGGACAAAAUGACAUCAAGAUAUAGAGUGGAAUAUGCACUGAAGACGCACAGGAGAGACCAAUUUAUAGAAUGGAUCAAAGGACUCCUCGCCGUUCCCUUCGUCCUGUAUUCCCAACCAACAGGAAUAUUCGAAGCAAAUGGGUUCAAUGUCACGCAAAUGUCUGAAGAGGCCCAUAGGCGAUAUGCCGAGAUUAUGAGGGACAUCGAAGUAAUGAUCGAUGAUAACAUAAACCAUCAAUCAGAUGCGAUCCGGGUCCCAUCUAAGCUCAAGCUGCUGGUCCCAACCAUAGGCACUUUCUUCACGAGACUGCCGCUUGAGGCCGCCUUCAAGUUCCAGGACCGAAAGCGCUACAUCUCGUCCCGGCGAUUCGUUUCGCCGUCCUUCAACGAUGUGCGUCUCAUACUAAACACUGCACAGCUCAUGGCUGUGACCACUCACGGUACACUCCAACUCGCUACCUUUGAUGGAGAUGUGACGCUUUAUGACGAUGGCGAGAGCUUGGAGCCUAACAGCCCAGUUAUUCCGCGCAUGAUUGACCUCAUGCGCAAGAACGUCAAGAUCGGUAUUGUCACCGCCGCUGGUUAUACCACGGCUGAUCGCUACUACGCCCGCUUGCACGGGCUCUUGGACAUGAUCGCGACGACAACAGCUUUGACACCACAGCAAAGGCAGAACAUCGUGAUUAUGGGCGGUGAGGCCAACUACCUAUUUGAGUUUAACCCCACUUCGCCUCACCUGCUGUCUUCUGUACCCCGCGAGCGGUGGCUGACGGCCGAGAUGAACACCUGGUCCGAGGCAGGCAUCGAGGCAUUACUGGACGUCGCUGAGGCUGCGCUGCGCGAUUGCAUCAAAAGCCUAAACCUACCAGCGACACUGAUGCGCAAGGACCGGGCAGUCGGCAUCAUCCCUAUUGACCCUAACCUACGGAUCCCACGGGAGUCGCUGGAGGAGACGGUGCUCGUGGUGCAAAAGACGCUGGAGCUGAGCGUGGGCGGCCGCGACUUCGACAAUAAGGUUGUGCCCUUUUGCGCAUUUAAUGGAGGGCGGGACGUGUUUGUGGACAUCGGCGAUAAGAGCUGGGGCGUAUCGGUAUGCCAGAAAUGGUUUGGCGGCGGUGGCGGCAGCAGCAACGGUAACAAUAUCGGUCAGGACAACAACAUCUGCAGCAUCAAGCCGGAGCAGACCCUGCACGUUGGCGACCAGUUUCUAAGCGCCGGAAGCAACGACUUCAAAGCCCGCAGCGUCUCUACUACUGCAUGGAUUGCGAGCCCCGCCGAGACCGUGGAGCUCCUGGACGAGCUGGCUGGUUUCAUGGGCAAGAAAUUGAGUUAAAUCGGGCGACUUUGGAGCGGUAUCGCAUAAUAUAACGGUGUAUGAGGCGGUGGGAUUAGUAAAUUGUGAGGAUUCUAAAGGCAAAACAUCUAUCCCGGCUUAGUUUGGAAGGCAUCAAGAGUUCGGCGUUUAGGACUAAAAUAACCCAUAUGGAGGACCAUGAGCAUCAGAAUAACGAAAGCCCCCAACCCAUGCAUAGGUAGUUCUUUAAUAUUUAUGAUGGGCAACGUGUUUCAUUCUGCAUAUCCACUAGAUUGACAUUGACAUAACGAAAGCUCAAUGGUAAUAGAUAUUCGAGGAGAUGGCCUGUACGCUGGCAUGCUCUGAGAGGAUGUCUAGCUCAACUAGCCGUUAUUGUAUGGCUAUGAGGUCAAGGUCGACAUCAUUGUCUACACUGUCAUUGGCUUACAACACAUGGGGAUGAGUGGUGGCCUC